AUGUGGAAAGCGCUGCUCGUGUCUUGGGCGCUCGCUGCUUGGUGCGUGGACGCCGGCAGUGGAGGAGCCCGCAAUCUGCGGAGCGCUCGUGGUGGUGGGAACAGUGAUGACAGCGACGAGGGCGGCUUCCCAUUGACGACCGUUCUCAUCGUCGCCGGCACCUGUGUGCCCUUCCUCCUCUCGGUGAUACUCGGUGUUUGGCGAUAUCGAAGGCAGCUUGCAGCGAUUGUUCCCAUGCCUGAGCCCACCAACGAGAAGGUGACGAUGGAGGACCGGAGGAAAUUUCAGGAUCAGGAGGAGCAGAAGCUGAAGCUUGCGCAGAAAGCUUUGCAGCAAGAGCCGGCGGCCUCUCCCGUGAUACAAAUCGAAGGUCCAAGGUUCGAUGUGCAGGCCAUUUUCCGGUCCCCUUACGAAGACUCCGACGAUGACAGCAACAGCCUUUUUGGCAGAUCCCUGGGAAGCGGGGAUUUCCAGGCAGCCUUCGUGUCAGACGCCUGGAUGCCUGUGGGACGUAUGCGAAGUAUGUCUGACGGGGAACUCCGGAAAACAGCGACAGAACGGGACGAGAGCUUUGAGAAGAUCUUGUCCAGGUCCAUGCCCAUAGCACCAAAGGUGUUUCUGCGACCUCCUUCUGAUGCACCUGAGGCCAAGGGCCAGCCACCUCUGAGCCGUUCCGGGAGCAAAGGGAGCGCUGGCACGCAGGGCACGCAGGCCAGCAAGGGCAGCAAGCCCAAGCGCAAGGCGCGCACGGGCUCCAAGGGCAGCAGCGCUCGCAGCGUCAGCAAGGGCAGUACGCGCAGCAGCCCUCGGCAAGACGGCGGCUUGGAGCUUCUGGCGGCAGAAAGGCGCCGACCCCGUCUGCAGACGAACUGA